AUGGAGAUGAUCGUCGACGUCUUGAAGUCCUCGGUGACCAAGCACCGGCACGAGGAUGCCAAGGCGUACUGGGACGAGGUCUUCGAUCUCAUGUUUGAUCUUCCAGAGCUUCGUCUUCCCAACAAGAAGUCGGUGGAGACGCUGCUCAACACCUUCAAGCACGUGCAGAAGCCUCUUUCCAAGGGCGAGAAGACUGAGGCCCUUUUCCCAGUGGAGGCGGUUUUGAGACUACGAAGGAACACCACAGCUCAGCUGCAGUUCCUGAAAAUCGUAGUCGGUGGCUUGUCCGACGUCCACGCGAAGCUCAUCAACUUCGCCAGUCACAAGCCGCUGGAGCCAAUCCACGGCCUACCAGGAGCCGAGGGGCACCCCGGCACAGCAGGGACAGGAAACUGCUGGGCGUCACUUCGACUUCUCGAGGUCCUCUUUCAGCUCGCAGAAAUCGAGGAUUACCAGGAGCAGAAGGCUGUUUCCAGUCGACCGGCGCGAUUCUUCUGCCCAGUUGCCACUUGCCCCUCCAGCGACCCUGCUCGAGCCCCUGGCUGGGCAAGCGUGCACAACAUGCUCCACCACAUCGAUAGCCAUCUUGCUGGCACACUCCAAGGUGAUGUUCCGGCCAAUUGGCUCCAAACUAAUGGCCGGCAGCGGUGCCGGGUUUGUGGGCUUAGUGUCUCCACCCGACAUGAGGUGCAUCCUACCUGCCGGCCGCAGGAUCGGGCCGGGGUGGGCGGCGGUGCCCAGCGGGCUGAUGACCCCACGCUGCCGAGCUUCCAUGACAUCCAGGCGGGCUGCGCUCGCACCCUUCGUCAUGUUCCGGCUGCUGCAGCAGGCGAAUAUAAUGAUGAGCGUGCCUGGCGCGAAUUCCUUAUGCUGCCCCAAUGCGUCCUGGGCGCUCCCCCUCGUGGUGGUCGCAAGCACCGGCGGGCGAUGGCUGCUUAUACCGUGGACCGCUUGCAGCGCUGGGUUGAGGGAGAACGGGCCGCCCUUUGGCAUGACCGUCAUGUGCCUCAGCGAGGGCGACGUCAGGCGCCCACCCCGGCCCAGCGCCGAGACCACGCAGUGGCGUUGGCUCGCGAGGGCUUCGAGCGCAAGGCUUGCGCCGCGCUGCUGUCGGAAGGUCUUUGUCCUGAGGAUGCUUCCACUGCUGCUGCCCUGCGGGCCUUGCACCCAGUCCAGCCCAAUCCCCAGGUCCAGUCUGCUGCAAUGCCUGCCGCCCUGGAGCUUGCUCCUGAUUUGGUGGGCCAAGUUCUUCGAGACUUCCCCACUGACACCGCGCCGGGAGCAUGUGGCUUGCGAGUGCAGCACCUGCGUGAGGCAGGGUCACCAGGAGACCAACAAACUCUCAUCUCGCACUUGACUGCCGUUGUUAACCUGAUGGUGCAGGGCCAGGUCUGUGCUGACGCGGCUCCUGUCCUCGCUGGUGCUGUGCUUGUGGCCGUCCCCAAGCCAAAGGGGGGAGUGCGACCCAUUGCCAUUGGUGAGGUGCUGCCCCGGCUGGUCGGCAAAUGCUUGAUGCGUUCCGUGCGAGAGGAUGCCCACCAUUACCUCUGCCCAGCUCAAGUUGGAGUCGGGGUACCCUCUGGGGCGGAAGCGGCUGUCCACACCACCCGCGCUUGGAUGCGGCGCCAAGCCUCAACCUCCGGUAAAGUGCUUGUGAAGCUGGACUUUGCCAAUGCUUUCAACACAGUGUCCAGGCAGGCGGUGGUGGAUGCGGCCGUGGCCCAUUUUCCGGGCCUCGCAAGAUGGGUGGCGUGGUGCUAUGGGCAACCGACCUCGCUCCAGUUCGGGCCCUCGGUCAAGCUGCAAUCAGCUCUCCGGGCCAGCCCGCUCGACCUGGCCCUCUUCUUUCUUGAUGAUGGUGUGAUCGCUGGCGACGUAGCAGACGUUGGCCAGGCUUUGAGUGAGGUUCAACGACGGGGGGCUGCGCUUGGCUUACAACUUAACCUGUCCAAAUGCGAGGUCGUGGGAGUCGGACGGCUGGAUGCUGACAUGUUGCGGCCCCACCUGCCGGAUGAGCUCCUCUUCAAGCCUGAUGGCACCAGCCGCUUGCAGUGGAACUUCGAACUUCUGGGAGCCGCUGUGGGCGACGUCACAUUCCAUGCUAUCCAUGCCACGAGCAGGGUUAAUCAGGCUAUGCCGUUGCUGGAGGCGCUUGGUGAGUUAGAGGACGCCCAGGUUGAGGUUGUCGAGGCGGUCGAUGCUCUGAACCGCAACAGGGCUGCGCCCCUCGCUGCCCAUCUGGCGCUCGGCAUGAAGCAGAAGUCCCUCACUGCAGCGACUGACGAGGCGAGCUGGGUCCGUCAGCUUGCCAGCUGCUCGCUGACGUCUCGGGCCCUGCUUCGAUCUGAGGCUGAACCCGGCGCGCGGGCCUUUCUGGCGGCCACUCCUUCAGGUCCCAAGCGCAUCGAAACUGCCCUCUUCGUCACGGAGUGGGCUGAGCGAGCGGGCCUGUGCCCAGAGAAGGAGCGCCCAGGGCUUCUUCUCCCACAGCGCCCUGAGGAGGCUGGCAAUGCUUUGCGGCGCCCCGCGGAUGUGUACUUGCCCUGCUUGCGGGGAUCUCCUGCUGCCCUUGACCUGGCCAUUACGGCCCCACAGCGGCAGGAGACUCUCGCCCAGGCGGGUAACAAGGCACUUGCGGCUGCCCAAGCCUACGCUCAACACAAGGCGGCUCACUUGGACACAGCUCGCUUGUGCGAGUCUCAAGGCAUCAAGUUCCUUCCCAUGGUGGCGGAGAGCAGUGGUGCAUGGGAGCCGGCUGCGAGCAAAGUACUCCUGCAGAUAUCCCGCGCCGCGGCUGCGCGCACAGGCGCUGACGCCGCUCUCCUUCACGCCGAUCUGCUGCAAGAACUUUGUGUGACAAUCCGCGCUCACCGCGCACGUGCAGUGCUGCGCCGUCGAGCGGAGCUAGUGGACGAAGCGCCACUGCCAUGA